CAAAACGAAGGCCAAUUUGGAUACAAGUGUGAAAACAAAUGAUGGUGUUCUGUGGGGGGGAGGUCAUCUGUGAUGACCUGUGUCAACAUGACAAACGAUGGUGACGUCAUCGGAGUGGGUGUGGCUUGUCGGACAGUCUCCGAACUCAUGGAGAUUUACUCUUCAGCUCUCCUGCCUCAGAGCUCAGUCAGGGACGGGUGACAGCAGGAGACCAACAAAAAAAAGUGAUUUUUUUUUUUUACAUUAUUGUUGACAUCAGCAUUUAUGACCAAGAAAAUGUUUUCCUCCAUUUGUUCUGUGUUGAUGGAGUGACUGUGUGACUUUGCUCUUCUUCCACGUUUUCAUCCCGAGGUUUUUAAAUGCUGUGUUUGUUUGUGGUGUUAAAUGGAAAAUAACACUUUCCCACUGUACUUCAAUCUGACGAUGUUCCUGAACCUGGGCAGCUUCCGUUACCCGACGUUCGUCCUGUGUUUCCUGUUGUACGUCUUCAUCGUGUCCGCUAACGCCGUGAUAAUAAUGGUGAUAACGCGGGAGAAGAACCUCCACGAGCCCAUGUAUUUGUUCAUAGUCUGCCUGUGUCUCAACUCCAUUUACGGCUCCACUGGUUUCUUCACCCGCUUCCUCAGAGACCUUCUGUCCGACUCUCACCUGAUCUCACGCUGGGCCUGUUUCACCCAGGUCUACGUCAUUUACACCUACGCCUCCUACGAACUCACUAUCCUCGGGAUAAUGGCGUACGACCGAUACGUGGCGGUGUGUCAGCCUUUACAUUACCACAGCAGAAUCUCUCUGCGGGUGGUCUACAGACUGGUGGCGCUGGCGGUCAUCUACCCGGCCUUCUCCGUCUUCACCUGUGUCUAUCUGUCCGCCAGACUCCCUCUGUGCGGGAACGAGAUUCCGAAGGUCUUCUGUGCCAACUGGCCCAUAGUCAAACUCUCGUGCGUCCCCACGGGGCUCAACAACCUGGUGGGCAUGCUGGUGUCGACCACCACCGUCUUCCUGCCGCUGUUGUUUGUGCUCUACACGUAUCUGCGCAUCGUUCUGGUGUGUCGGAAAAAGUCGUCCGAAUACAAGAGCAGGGUGAUCCAGAGCUGUCUGCCUCACAUCGUCACCUUCGUCAACUACUCCAUCACCGUGUUCUGUGACGUGUCCCUCAGCAGGAUCAACGUGGAGGAGCUGAACCCCUUCCUGGGGGUCAUCCUGUCGCUGGAGUUCGUGGUGAUCCCCCCCAUCCUGAACCCGCUGGUGUACGGACUCAAGUUACCCAAAAUCAGAAAAGUUGUCUUCAAAAUGCUGUCGUGUUUAAAACGUUGUCACUGACGUCGACGUGACCCCGCGCUGCUCAUCACUGCAGAGUGUUUUUACUCAAAGACACUGUUUAUUAAAUGACAUUUAAGAA